ACUCGACUUUGAGAAUCGCGCUUGUCAUCUUAGCUGGCGUGAACUUGAACUUCGCUUUCUUAAUCAUUUUCUUCCGAAAUAUCCAAAAUUUUCCAUCCUGAUUGUUAAGUAAAUAGCCGGAGAGUUCAUUGAGAUUGAGUGUGACUGUGGGAAGUGCAAGAAAUCCUGUAAAAUCUGUCAGCAAUGGCUACAAAUAUCAGCUUUAAUGCUUCUCUGACAAAGACGGAUCCGCAUGAACAUCCGGUUCUUAUCAUUGGGCAGCUGCCGCAUCUCUCCUUGCUGUCUUUUGAGGAUGUUCAGGUGAAGUUGGAGCCACGCGUGACGAAGGAGAGCUUCGCCAACGCCCUUGCGUGCCUCCACCCGAAUCCAACUGAUACGUGUCCCCUCUAUCUGGAUCUGGCCACUUUGGUGGCUCUUCCCACCAAGUGCUCUCGCCACAAUACCACCUCACGCGCCCACUCAAUCACCAAACUCGUGAGUAGCAAUGUGACCGGCGUGAAUGAGAGUAUCGUGAUUGUGUGCGAGAAGAAAGACCUCUUUGCGAGCGCUUGUGCCGUGGUUAGGGCUUUUCCGCUGUUCUCGCGAAAGAAUCGCCGGGGUGCCACGCCCCCACCCACGGUUAAUGUGGAGUUCAUUGUGCUGGAUCACAAUGAUAAGAUUCUCCUUGAGCCCAUUUCGCAAUCGGAAAUCUCUUGCAUUGAGAACGUUGCAAGAGGUAUUCGCUUGGCGGCUAAGAUUGUGGAUACGCCAUGCAAUGAGAUGAAUGUAUCUCACUUCCUGGACGAGGUGCAAGUCAUAGCGGGAGAAUUGGGCCUUACGCCGAUUAUAAUUCGGGGUGAAGAUCUCGAAGCGCAUGGAUUUGGAGGGAUUUACGGUGUGGGAAAGGCAGCUGCUGUGCCUCCUGCUCUCUGCAUUCUCACCCACGAACCUGCUGGGGCAUCAAAGACCAUCGCCUGGGUGGGUAAGGGUAUUGUCUACGAUACUGGUGGCCUCAGUAUCAAGGGAAAGACGGCAAUGCCGGGAAUGAAGCGAGAUUGUGGUGGUGCUGCUGCUAUUUUGGGAGCUUUCUAUGCUGCUGUCAAGGGAGGCUUUACGGAAAACCUUCAUGCAAUCUUCUGCCUAGCAGAGAAUUCCGUUGGACCUAAUGCUACGCGCCCAGAUGACAUUCACAAACUCUACUCUGGGCUCACCGUUGAGAUCAACAAUACCGACGCUGAGGGGCGUCUUGUUCUCUCCGACGGGGUUGCCUAUGCCAAGAAAGACUUGAAGGCUGAUAUAAUUUUAGAUAUGGCCACUUUAACGGGAGCUCAAGGAAUUGCAACAGGAAAGUAUCAUGGUGCCAUUUUAACAAACAGCGAUUUUUGGGAGCAAAAGGCUCUGGAUGCUGGCAAGAUUUCCGGGGAUCUUCUCUCUCCUGUUCCGUACUGCCCCGAAUUGCAUUUUUGUGAGUUUUCAUCGAGUGUGGCAGAUAUGAAGAACUCCGUGGCUGAUAGGAAUAAUGCCCAAGUUUCCUGCGCUGGACUCUUUGUUGCAGCACACCUGGGCUUUGACUAUACUGGCACUUGGAUGCACGUUGAUAUGGCAUCGCCAGUUCACAGCGGUGAACGUGCUACAGGAUAUGGUGUAGCCCUCCUGUGUUCCCUUUUUGGGAACUACACUACAUGCUCCCUGUUGCAGAAGUUCGCUCCGAAUGUGACUGAACCGCCACUAAAGAAAGUUUGCCUUUAAUCUUCUACUACAACUGCAUAAUAAUUUCCAUUAAGACUGAAAACUGCAAUUUAACUAAAUUUUGUGUGGUUUUUGUCGAAGUUUUAAAUUUUAUAAAACCAUUUCGAGUGAAUAAAUAAAUUUUACUUUCAAGACAAAAA